AUGAAUAACGAGAAGUAUUUUCCAACUUGGGUUUCUCAUCAUCGUGCUUUACCGUUAUAUGUGUCAAUGAAACAACAUAAACGUAAUUUUAAGACUUUAUGUAUUUAUUUAUAUGGUAAUUCCGGUACUGGUAAAAGUCGACUCGCAUUAGAUCUCGCAAAAUGGUAUGAUCCUGAUAAAGAGCCCUAUUACAAGACAAAUGGUCAAUGGUGGGACCUUUAUGAUUACAGCGAUGUAGUAAUAUGGGAUGAUUAUCGUGGCGAUUGCUAUGAGCCGCAAGAGCUUUUUAAGUUAUGUGAUCGCUACGACUACAAAAUCCAAAUUUAA